UAAAACUUCAUAGAUUUACAAUCAGAUGAUAGAAGUAGGAAGAGUAUUUACAUGCGUUGAGCUUUGAUCUAAAUUGUAUCGAAUGUUACUGUGAGUCUGUGAGCUAUAUAAGUAAAUGGAAAUGAAGAAGAACUCAAGCAUAUAAAGCGCACAUGAGUUAUAUUUCGAAUAACAUCAAUUCCAUUAAUGUCGCUCUUCUGACUGAUCUCACUUCCUUUUAAAUAUCACCAUUAAAUAAUUGCCAAAUCUCUGUAUCACGUUUACUCUGUCUCCAAACCUCUCCCCUUUUUAGGGCCGACGAUGAAUUUUGAGAAACCUAGCUCAAACUAUACCUGGAUUUACAACAAAACCAUGUUGUUAGUAUCCAAUCUAUAUCUUGGAACUAUUUUUGAUUAUUUAGUACAACCAGGUGACAGAAAGAACAUAACCAUUAGUAUAUACUUGUUAAUAAUUAGUGAUCUACUAAUGACCCAACAUUAAUUAGAUUAGAAAGCAUGCAAAAGAUGUGACGUGGCAAUAUAUGAGAAGGUUCGACGAAGCAAGCAAAAAUAAAUUUUCCUCGUCCAUAUGAAGACUGUAUGACUAUAAAUACAACACCAUCGUAGUUAAGUCCCUUCCAUGUCAAAACCUAUGUAAGCUCGUAAACACAUCACACCAAGAUUCUUGGAGAUAUAUCUUUCUUUUUAUAGUCACUCUUGUAAACGGGAGCCAUGGUGGAUGCCAAGAAGGCGUUAGUGAUUGUACUGAUCAGCGUCGUCGUAUUACUCCUCGCCGGUUCCCCCACGGUGGUCCAAGCUUGUCUACCCUCCGAUCGCGCUGCGCUUCUCGAGUUCCGAUCAAAGCUCAACGAGCCAUACAUUGGCGUGUUCAAUACGUGGAAAGGCCAAGACUGCUGCAAAGGCUGGUACGGUGUGAGCUGCGAUCCCAAAAGCCGCCGAGUCUCCGGCAUCACCCUCCGUGGAGUAUCGGAGGAGCCGAUUUUCCAGCGGGCGAAACGGAAGGGGUUCAUGACCGGCACCAUCUCGCCGGCGAUAUGCAAACUCACUCACCUCUCCGGGAUCAUCAUCGCCGACUGGGAAGGAAUCUCCGGCGUGAUUCCGAGCUGCGUCACGAAUCUCCUUGCCAUGCGACAUUUAGAUCUCGUCGGGAAUAAAAUCUCCGGCGUGAUUCCGGCGAGUAUCGGGAAGCUGAUGAAGCUGAGAGUGCUGAAUCUCGCCGAUAAUAAAUUAUCCGGUGGGAUUCCUCCGUCGAUCACGAGACUGACGAUGUUAGCGCAUCUGGAUCUUAUGAACAACAAUCUCUACGGAGUCAUACCGGGAGACAUCGGCCGGUUAAAGAUGCUGAGUCGCGUGCUGUUAACCGGUAACAAACUCUCGGGUCAAAUACCCGAAUCUUUGACCCGGAUCUACCGGCUCGCGGAUCUUGAGCUCGGGAUGAACCGAAUCACCGGCCCUAUACCGGCUUCGAUGGGGAAAAUGUCGGUGCUCGCGACGCUUAAUCUCGACGGGAAUUUAAUCUCCGGGGCCAUUCCGGGGACACUAAUGAACUCGUCGAUCUCGAAUUUGAAUUUGAGCGGGAACCUUCUCGCGGGAAAGAUACCGAACACGUUCGGACCGAGGUCGUACUUCACGGUGCUGGAUCUUUCGAACAACCGUCUGCAGGGAGCGAUUCCGGGGAGUAUCACGACGGCGUCGUUUAUAGGCCACCUUGACGUGAGCCAUAACCAUCUUUGUGGGAAGAUUCCGACAGGAUCUCCUUUCGAUCAUCUGGAAGCGACGUCGUUUGCUUACAAUAGCUGUCUCUGUGGAAAGCCUCUCGGGAAGUGUCGGAAAUAAUUUAAUCAAAUCAUUAAGAAGUGAUUCGGGGUAAUCAAAAGCUUGAUUUGGGAUAUGUUUAUUACACACUGUUACGUUAAUACAUUAUGUUCAUGUUGUAACUAGCCUUUUGAAAGAGGCAAAGCUAUAUAUAUAAUUCAAGCGUUUUGUUUGAUGUUUUAAGUUUAUAAAGAGCAUAAAAGUAAUAAAUUAUUUA